UAAAACUAAUCCUGGUGUGCGUUCAAAAUAACACUGCGCCUUUAAGGGAGCUUUGCAUUCCAACAAGUGGAGAGUGAGCGCGAGCGUUUGCGUUGGCCAACACUUCCACUGAUUGUUGACAAUGCGCCCUGCGCGCGUGCAGUACUACGCUGCUUAGAGGGAGGUGAAUUCUCCCUUUCAGAGCAGCCGCACAGGUGCGUUCGGGAGGCAGGGAUCGGAGACGCUUUUUCUUUUCUAAAACAACAACAACAACAACUAAUUGUCGGACCAGUUGCGUAAAACGGAGCGACAUUGCGAGCCGUGGAAGCAGGUGCGCUGCACGCACUCUUUAUUUGACGGAGCCCUUAAGUCAUGCGCGCUUAUUGAUGAAAAGUUAAUUCACGCUUACUAAGAAACAGACAACGGGAGAAGUGAACCGGAUAGAGCGCGCGCUUCGGUGCUCAUUAAUUACUCGUUGCACGGGGAAUAAGCAAUCAUAAUGUCGAGGAAAAAAGCGGUCAACGGAAAGGUGGGUUCAAAUACACCGAGCUCAUCUCCGAACAGCGAUAAAGAGAAGGGUAAGAAAGUCCCGACCCAGUCCAACGGAGUGGUGCAUCCCAGCAGACCCUCUCUCAGCAGCAGCGGGGAAUUCUACGACAUCGCAUUCAAGGUAAUGCUGGUUGGUGACUCUGGGGUGGGGAAAACCUGUCUGCUGGUUCGCUUUAAAGAUGGAGCGUUUCUGGCUGGGAGCUUCAUCUCAACAGUCGGUAUAGACUUCAGGAAUAAGGUGCUGAGCAUUGAUGGUGUGAGAGUUAAACUACAGAUCUGGGACACGGCAGGACAGGAGCGAUUCAGGAGUGUGACGCAUGCCUACUACCGAGACGCUCACGGUGAGUUGCAUUACGCACAGACUGCUGUGAUUGUAUGGGACCCCGACACGCUGCUGUCGGUUCCUAUCAGUCCUCACGCAGUUCGGCUCCUGUCACUCAACGCAGGCCUCAGAUGGACUUUAGGAGACGCGGCAUGA